CAAUGGCAGCAGGAGUAGCGGCAUGGCUGCCAUUUGCUCGGGCAGCAGCUAUAGGAUGGAUGCCAGUGGCCACAAGCCCCAUGCCGAAUGCUCCCCGGCAGGAGAGGAAGCGAAGCCAGGACUCUCUGAUUGUGUUGAAUGUGAGUGGCACCCAGUUCCAGACCUGGUUGGACACCCUGGAACGCUAUCCUGAUACGCUGCUGGGCAGCUCAGAGCGGGAUUUCUUCUACCACCCAGAGACACAGCAAUACUUCUUUGACCGGGAUCCUGACAUCUUCCGACACAUCCUCAAUUUCUAUCGAACAGGGAAGCUACACUACCCCCGUCAAGAGUGCAUUUCAGCCUAUGAUGAGGAGCUGGCCUUUUUUGGUAUUAUCCCUGAGAUCAUUGGCGAUUGCUGCUACGAGGAAUACAAGGAUCGACGACGGGAAAAUGCUGAACGUCUUCAGGAUGAUGCUGAUCAGGAUAAUGCUAAUGAAUGCAAUCUGCCUUCCAUGACAGCUCGGGAGAGGAUGUGGCGGGCCUUUGAGAAUCCGCACACUAGCACACUGGCUCUGGUCUUUUACUAUGUUACGGGCUUCUUCAUUGCCGUUUCCGUCAUUGCAAAUGUGGUGGAGACAGUGCCCUGUGGGGUAAGUCCUGGUGCCAUCAAGGAGCUGUCCUGUGGAGAGCGCUAUGAUGUGGCUUUCUUCUGCCUGGAUACGGCCUGUGUCAUGAUCUUCACAGUAGAGUAUCUGUUGCGUCUGGCGGCUGCCCCUAGCCGUUACAAGUUUAUGCGUAGUGUCAUGAGCAUCAUUGAUGUAGUGGCCAUUAUGCCCUAUUACAUUGCUCUUGUGAUGACCAACAAUGAGGAUGUCAGUGGGGCCUUUGUAACACUGCGUGUCUUCCGGGUCUUCCGGAUCUUUAAGUUUUCCCGCCACUCACAGGGUUUGCGCAUCCUGGGCUACACUCUGAAAAGCUGCGCAUCAGAGCUUGGCUUUCUCCUCUUUUCUCUCACUAUGGCCAUCAUAAUCUUUGCCACAGUCAUGUUUUAUGCUGAGAAAGGGUCAACAGCCACCAAAUUCACCAGCAUCCCUGCUGCUUUCUGGUAUACUAUUGUCACUAUGACCACCCUGGGGUAUGGUGACAUGGUGCCGAAGACAAUAGUUGGGAAGAUAUUUGGCUCGAUUUGUUCCCUGAGUGGAGUCUUAGUCAUUGCUCUUCCAGUUCCGGUCAUUGUCUCCAACUUCAGUCGUAUCUACCACCAGAAUCAACGAGCAGAUAAGCGCAAGGCACAAAAGAAAGCCCGGCUCGCUAGGAUCCAUGCGGCAAAGAGUGGGACUGCCAACGCUUACAUGCAGAGCAAAAGAAAUGGCUUACUCAGUAACCAGCUGCAGCAGUUAUGUGGUGAAGAACAAGAGGCCUUUGUUAGCAAAUCUGGUUCUUCCUUUGAAAUCCAGCACCACCACCUGCUUCACUGUCUGGAAAAAACCACGAGUCACGAGUUUGUGGAUGAACAAACUUAUGAAACAAGCUGCAUGGAGGUUUCUACUGUAAACAGGCACUCUGGCCACAGCCCGUCUCUCUCUUCCCAACAAGGAGUGACGAGCUCUUGCUGUUCACGGCGACAUAAAAAGACGUUCCGCAUCCCAAACACCAACAUAACCGGCAGCCGUCCAAGUAGUGUCCAAGAACUCAGUACCAUUCAAAUCAGGUGCAUGGAAAGAACACCCCUGUCUAACAGCCGAUCCAGUUUAAAUGCCAAAAUGGAAGAGUGUGUUAAACUAAACUGUGAGCAGCCUUAUGCAACUACAGCAAUAAUCAGCAUUCCAACACCACCUGUGACUACACCAGAGGGAGACGACCGACCGGAAUCGCCAGGGUAUUCAGGAGGAAACAUUGUCAGAGUAUCUGCUUUAUAAAACAGUUAGACUAAAGACCACUUAGAAGCUGGACUGCAGCAAAGAGAAUAUGAUUCUGAAGAAAGAGGGAUGCAACCACCCCUUGUGAAAUGGAAUAGCGACGGACAAUUGAAAGGUUCUGGAGAUACAAACAUUUUUGGGUUUCAAUAUUGGAAUUGUGUGCAGUGGGCAACCAAAUGGAAUUUCUACGCGUCACUUGAACUUUUCUGGAGCAAACUCUUCUGUGACUCUUUUGACUUAUUCUAUGAGCACAAUGAAAUGCUUCCCAUUGAUGCUUCUUCUUACCAUGAAAAAAAAAAUCUUUUUGAUAAAAUACCUAAAACAAAACAAACACACAAAAACACCAUUCAGAGAUCAUUUCUGUUCCAACCGAAUGCAAAAUCAAGGAUGGAAACAAAGUUUUGAUAAUGUGUUCUCUUUUUUCCUGUUGAUACAACCCUGAACCUGUUUGACAAGCUGACUUUAAAAGAGAGAGAGAGAGAGUAAAUGGCUCAUACUGUAUUUGUACUGAUUGAAAGAAACACAACCAUAAUGCAUGUGAAAAUUCUUUGGAGCUGUGAUCUGAGUUUACUUCUGUUGUUUAUUUCAGGUUAGGCAUGAUAACAUUUUACUGUAGAAAAAGGGGCAUUUCUGUGCACUUACAAAAAAAAAGCUGAUUGUUAAUGUUCCAUGGUUGUACGAAUAACUUCCUUUUUGGGAGGAAAUGAAGUAUUUCUUACUCAACACAUGCAUUAGUGAACUUGAGGUGUUCAGUUAGUUUAAUAUUUAUCAUUGUUUUCUCUUGCUUCCUCGGAACUGUUACAACUGCAAUAAUUCAAUGUACAUCUGUUGUAUCAGGAAUCAGACUUUUAUUUAUAUGACUGCACAAAUUCAGCUACGUAGAUAAAAGAACCACAUGGCUAGACAAUACAAUGUUUUCCGUAAUGUGGAAUUUAAAAAAAUAAUUUCAUAACCAAAAUUGUUGUACCACAGAAAAGUGUUUCUUUAAUUCUUAUUACCCUGUAAUUCCUUAAAACCAAUCAUUGCCUUUUGCUAAAUUUCAUUCCUCUUUGAAUGUCAAGGGUUUCCAUAAAUUACCUUGGGAGCCCUGUUUUAUGAACACCAUUCUA